CUGAAUUUUUAAACUAAAAUCUGUGACUUUGGUGUUAAACAAGCAUCAUGCCGUCGCAAGAAGAGCUUGAAAAAGCAGCUUUGAUUAUUAAACGGAUUCAAAACCAGUUAAAAAGGCAAGGUGAUUAUUCCAAUGAUGCUGAACUAGAAGCUAUGAAGUCACUAAUGGAGAGUCCGCUGUUUAAGAAGAUGGCACAACUUCAAGCUUCAAUACAACAACUUAAAAAAGAGGUAAAAAAAGAUGACUUCGACAUCAACAAUGUUGAGUUUUCACACGAAAAUGGUGGGUUGGUGGUUGAUGGUAAAGAGGUGGAAAACGAUAGUUCAAUGUUUAAUGGUAGAAAUGGAGAUUUGGAAGAAUUUAUUAAAUCUGCUGCGCAAGGAAGGGAGACGGAAAUGAUUGAAAUAUUUAAAUCGGAGAACGAAGGACUUGGGUUUAGUGUGGUUGGGUUGAAGUCAGAACACAGGGGUGACCUUGGAAUAUUUGUACAGGACAUCAGGUCUGGUGGAGUGGCUGACAGGGAUGGUAGGUUGAAGGAAAGUGAUCAAAUACUUGUCAUAAACAACCAACCACUCACGCAAACCAUAUCGCAUCAGCAAGCAAUUGGAAUCUUGCAGAAAGUGAAAGGGACCGUCAAACUUGUGGUAGCACGAGGGGGGAUUCCCCAAUCACAAGGCCACUUAUCAGCGGAGGGGUCACAGGUGUCAAGGUCAUCAUCUAUUCUAAGCUCUCUAUCCCAAGCCUCAGGCAUGCCUCCGGACACAAAAUGGACCGAUGUGGAGACGAUUGAUCUUCGCAAUGAUGGAAGAGGACUUGGAUUCGGGAUCGUUGGAGGAAGAUCAACUGGAGGAGUGGUGGUGAAGACUAUUGUUCCUGGAGGAGCAGCUCAUGAGGAUGGGAGGUUGAAGUCCGGGGAUCACAUUCUCAGGAUCGGGGAGGAGGACCUGAUGAACAUGGGGUCCGAGGAGGUGGCACAGGUUCUAAGGCAGUGUGGAGCUCAUGUUAGACUGAUUGUGGCUCGAGGCCCUGUUGAUGAUGAUGAUGAUGUAAAUGAUGAUCUUCAGGAUGAUAAACAAGAUGCAGGAGAAAGAGGAUCUGUAUCUUCUGAGGAUGACUCACAUUCUUCCUAUUCAAGUAGCAGCCAAGAAGAAAAUUCCCUCCCAGCUGAUGCUCAAAUAUUUGAUGUAGAACUAGUGAAGGAUGCCAAGGGUCUUGGAAUUACUAUUGCUGGCUUCCUUCCAGAAGACCAAAAUCGCAAUGGUACACCUGGUAUAUAUGUAAAGGGGGUAUCAUCUGGUUCUGCAGCUGAUAUUGAUGGUAGGAUUCGUCCUGGGGACAAACUGAUCGCUGUUGAUGGUAAAAGAUUGGAUGGAGAUGAUGUAUCAAGCGAUCAAGCUGUGGAAGUUUUACGAUCAACUGGUGUGGUUGUACGACUCACUCUUGCAAGGACUACUAACAGAAACGAAACUCAAAAUAAGUCACAACCUGUAUCCCGACAAAUUGUGAAUGAAAGACUUCAGCAAGAAAAAGAGUUUGGUCAAGAGUUGAGUCCUGAUGAAGAAGAAAGGAUCAAACAGAAGUGGAGGGUGGUGAUGGGACCUCAGUGUGAUAUUGUGAUUGCUCAACUAAAGAAAUACAAUUACCUGAGUGGACUCGGUAUAAGUUUGGAGGGCACAGUGGAUGAGAAUGAAAUGCCACAUCAUUAUAUAAGGUCCAUUCUUCCUGAAGGGCCAGUUGGGCAGAGCAACAAGCUUGAAGCUGGUGACGAACUUCUUGAAGUAAACGGCAACCAUUUACUUGGUUUAAGCCACGUAGAAGUGGUUGUCAUCCUCAAGGAGCUUCCUCUUACAGUCCGUAUGGUGUGUGCGAGACCUAAGGAGCAUUGGACACGAGAUCCUGCGAGGGAUUCAGUCGUUUUCGAGGAGAAAGAUGGAGAUUUUUUGGAGAUGAAAAUGCCGCCAAUAAACGACCCGAUGAAUAUAAUUCCUCCUGCUCAUGAAAAUGUAGAUGAUGAUACAUCAUCUGACUCAUCAUUAUCACAGGAUUCUAUCUCACAAAUCCAGAUGCACUUGCCUGAGAUGCCACCAAUGCAGAACCAAGUAUAUGAAUCAGAGUUACCGACCCCAGUCAACCAGUUCCAUCCACAAAGUAGUGUUAGUGACAGCGAUGAAACAGAUGUGGAAACUUCCCCAAAAAAUGAGCAAGAACAGUUAAACAGUGCUUGGGAAGAUGAAGUCACUGUUAUUGAACUUGAGAAGGGUGAUCGGGGUCUGGGGUUUAGUAUCCUGGAUUUUCAGGACCCGUUACAUGAAGACAAAACAGCAGUCCUUGUUCGGUCUUUAGUGGAUGGGGGUAUUGCGGAACAAGAUGGCCGACUUGAACCUGGUGAUCGACUUAUAUUCGUUAACGAUAAAUCGCUUCAGUUUGCCGACCUUGACCAGGCUGUCCGUGUUUUAAAGGCUGUACCACAAGGUCGUGUAUUGAUUGGAGUAACUAAACCACGUCCAAUGUUCAGAGUUCCACCAAGUUCUGACAGUGAAGAUGCAGUAGAAGAAGAGGAAGUAAGAACACCCGUUCUUCCACGACCUCCAUCAGUCAGAUCGUCUUCCUCUUCAUCAUCUUCCACAUCGCAGGAAAUGCAGCAUUACCCCAUGCCCUCUGACUCCCAGUAUUCUGCCUCACCCGUUGAAAUGGAAGUCAAACUACCGGGACCUCCACCCCCUCCACCCCAUAUUGAACCCAACCCUCCAACCCCAGAAUACGAACCCCCAACACCCCGCUACGAGCCCCCAACGCCUCGUUACGAGCCCCCAGCACACCAUUUUGAGCCUCCGCAGCCCCAAAUUGUUUCCGAACCCCUACAACAAUCUUACGAACCCCCAAUCCAGCGUUACGAGCCCCCGCAGCCCCAAACACCCCCUGAAAGCCCACCUGCUGCCCCCCAUGUUAUCCGCACUCAGUCAGGCAAAUACACAGUUAAAGAUUACAACAGACCUGCGCGUUUGUCUUCAUCAGAAACCAACCCUGUCACCACUGCCAAUCAAAAGGUUGAAGUGAAGCAAGUCCAGAUGUCAGGCAUGACAGCUAUAGCAGUGACAGCAAACACAAUACAACGCAAGGAAGAACCUCAACAACCUAUUAUCAGGCAGCAAGAGGUGUUCUCAUCUGCUCCAGUGGUCCCCCCAAAACCAGUGGGUUAUACUGCCCCCUCAUGGCAGACAGCUGAACCUGAGAAACCGAAACCAAAACCUCCGAUCGACGGGUUUGAACGAAUUGUUCAAAUGUCAAAAGGAAAAUCAAGUUUAGGUAUUACUGUCUCACCUGACAAGGAAGGCGACGGUUUAAUUGUUCGUUCCGUUAUCACUGGAGGCGCUGUUGCACGGGCAGGGGAGCCAAACAUAGGGGACAUGAUUCGGCGUGUUAAUAACGACUCAGCUACGGGAUUAGGGGCCGCUCAAGCACGCUCGCUAAUCCGGAACCAUUCAGCUUACAGCGCAGAUGUCAAGAUCGCCUACAUCCCUAAAAAAUACAUUGAGGCAUUCAAACUUGGACUUCCUGUUCCGGAGGACUCAGAUGUUGAUGAAGAUCGUCGGACACCGAAAACUCCAUCAAGAGUUGAUCAUUUUGCAGCACUUAAAUCUGUAUUUGAAAUGCAAAAUGGACAGCAACCUCAGGACGCUUCAAAGUUUUAUCUUGAUUCCAGUUUGUGGGGUUCUACAAAGAGAGUUGACAUACGUAGAGAAGCAGGUCAAUCACUUGGCAUCAGUAUUGUUGGCGGGAAAAAUAUCAAUGCAAACUCACAGCAACAAAUAUCACUGGAUAAUGGGGACCUUAUUGAUGGAAUCUUCAUCAAAGAAAUAAUAGAAGGAAGUCCAGUAGAUGUGAAUGGUGAAAUGAAACCGGGCGACAAAAUUUUAAAAGUUGAUGGGGUUGAUUUGAGUAACGCAACACACGAGGGAGCAGUGGAGGCAAUAUUAAAAGCGGGCGUGCACGUUGUCUUUCAUGUUCAAACGUUUGUCGGGCAUCCAAAACAGAUAAUCCUUAACAGCAAAAGCUGUACUCACUUUACUGGUGGAAAACUCAUGGAACCUCCCCCACCCCAGCCAGAAGAAGAGUCAGAAAUUGUGAAAGCAGAGCGGAAAUAUGGACAUUUACCCGGAGAAAUUCACGUCGUGGAAAUGGUGAAAGGCCCUGCUGGUGUUGGAUUAAGCUUAGCUGGGAAUAAAGACAGGUCCCAACAACAGAUAUUUGUGGUUGGGGUUAACCCCAAUGGAGCAGCGGGUAAAGAUGGGCGUGUCAAAGUGGGCGACCAACUACUGGAGAUCAACCACGUUCCUUUGAACCAACGUAACAACCACGAACUUGCGUCGAAUGUGAUCAAGAAUGCAAAAUCGAAACUUCUAUUUGUGAUCAAUAGACAGCAGAAGGAAGCACGAGCUGAUAAACCUCUAAAGAAAACUCCUUCAGUAGAAUCCUCAUCCCAUAGGAGGCAGAGCUCUGAUGUCCCCGCUGAGAAAUCUCCUCCUCCUCCCAAACGCUCCAGCUCUGGAGGACGACAUAGCCCAUUUUCUGACGUCAGAGUUAUCAAGCUCGUAAAGGAUUUCCAAGGAUUAGGCUUUGCGAUCUCUGAAACCCCUACUGGUAUAGUGGUUCAAUCCAUUGCACCAGGUGGUACAGCAGAUAGAGAUGGUAGAUUGGUAAGAGGAGAUCAUAUACUUGCUGUGGAUGAUCAGUCUGUUAGUGGAGUCUCUUAUGAAACGGCGAUCUCCAUAUUAAAGCAGUCAAGGGGAACAGUUAAACUUACUGUGGCAUCUGGUCCAGUCAAGUCUUCUGCUUCAUCAGAUGCCUCUUCUGUUACAUCCUCCGGACACAGAUUAUCCACGAUGUCCCCGACCCUGGAUAGCGGGAGUGAGAACUCUGACCCACUUACGUGCCCGAUUAUUCCAGGCAGGGAAACAACCAUAGAAAUCAACAAAGGGAAGGCUGGACUUGGAGUGAGCAUUGUGGGAGGAUCUGACAGUUUGUUGGAUGCAGUGUUGGUGCACACAGUGUAUGAACAAGGAGCUGCUGCAAAAGACGGAAGGUUAUGGCCAGGUGACAGGAUCUUAACAGUGAACAAUCACAGUUUGCGUCAUGCCACACAUGACGAGGCAAUCGAAGUAUUGCGCAACACCCCGGGGAAGGUCCACCUUACUAUCCUACGUGAUGAAAACAGGGAGACAAUUAACAAUGAAUCAGAGUCCGAUAUAUAUGAUAUCUAUGAUGUAAAUUUAAUGAAGAAAAGUGGGCGAGGUCUCGGACUUAGCAUUGUUGGAAGAAAAAACGCAGCUGGUGUGUUUGUGAGUGACCUUGUACAGGGUGGUGCAGCAGCAAGAGAUGGAACAAUGAAACCUGGAGAUCAAAUACUAAGUGUUAAUGGCGUCAAUAUAAGGAUGGCUGGACAAGAAGUAGCUGCACAAUUGCUGAAGAAUGCUCAGGGCAAAGUCGAUCUCAGGAUCGGAAGAUUAAAGUCCGGAGCUCCUUCUGAUCUCAUAAAGAUGCCAAAGCUAAGUCUCAGUUCCAAUGCAUCUGAAGAUGCUCCUAAGAGUCCCACUGAUGAUUUGGGAGGAGACAUCCGAUUCGUGGAGAUCGAUAAGACCCCCACCCAACCACUUGGCAUCAGUAUAGCAGGUGGAGUUGGUUCUCCUUUAGGGGAUGUUCCCAUUUUUGUAGCAGUUGUUCAAAACCAUGGGGCAGCGGCAGGAAAGUUGAAGGUUGGGGACAGAAUACGAAGCAUUAAUGGACAGACUACAGAUAACAAGUCACAUGAUGAAGUGGUAGCAAUGCUGAAGGGUCAGGAUGACGCUAUUGUUCUAAUGCAGGUGCAAGAAGGUGGGGAAAGUAUAAAACAACUAAGUGAAUAUCUUGUACAAUCUGCCAAACCUAAUUUACCAAUCAGUGGACAACAAGGAAGCCAAGAAAAGAAGGAAAUAGACAUCGAGUUGAACCGGGGGUCUGAUGGACUUGGUUUUAGUAUCGUUGGAGGGCAUGGAUCACCACAUGGGGAUCUUCCUAUUUAUGUGAAGUCUGUGUUCUCAGUUGGAGCAGCAGCAGUGGAUGGGAGGUUACGUAGGGGGGAUCGGAUUGUAUCCGUGAACGGCGAGAAAUUGGACGGUUAUACGCAUGAGGAAGCGGCCGAGGCUCUCAAACGAAGAGCAACCCGUAUCAUACUUCGUGUAGUUCCGUCCACAUAACUCAUCACACAGCCAACCCAUCUUCAGUGUCAAACCUUGUACAUUUUUUCAUAUUUUAAGUAUUAAUAAUCAUUUAAUUUAAUAAUGAUGUAUACGUUUGUUCGUAUGCUGGCCAUUGUCUUUAUUAUUCAUAUUUGUAUUCAGCGGACUCUUAUUAUUUUUUACUAACACCACAAUUUUGUAUCCAGGUAUAUAAAACAACGAGAUAGAAUAUCUGUUUUUUUCUUCAUGUAAAACUCGUAUUCGUAUUGCAGUGUAUUCUCUCAAUCAAGUAUUUUUAUGCGGAAUCCAGUCCGUUGCGUGUAUCACUUAAUAAAUAACACACCAUGUGCCA